ACUACAUCUAUUUUUAACAAAUUUAGGAACUUAAAUCUUUUAUUUGAAAUUGUAAGUCUAGUUUUAUGCUGAAAAUAACUCGAUAUCUUAUCGAUUAGUUUUUACAAACAGCUGACUUCAACGCGGUUGUGUUUUGUUUUGGUUUCUCGUUUGUUUGAGCCGCAUUAUCAGCAGUUUGUACCGGAAGAAACCAUGUCCGCGGACUACUCGCACCUCAGUUCCGCCAUCCUGGAGCAGUGCUUCGGCAAGGUGGUGCAGGCGGUGUCUGACUGCCUUUUCUCGGCCACCACGCGGACCCUGGGUCAGAUCACCAGUGCCACCAAGUUCUCGCGCAAGGAGGUGGCACUGGCACUGGCGGUGCUAGUGAAGUACCGACUGGUGGACUUCGUCGCCUCCAAACAGAAUCCCUUCCUGGCGGAGUACGCCCUCCGGCGCGAGGAUGUGCUCUGCCUUCUGCGUUACCCACGCUACAUUCAUCUGGUGCAAACAAAAUACGGAAACGUGGGUGCUUCCAUCGCCGAGGAACUGAUCAAUUCUGGAUCGGAUACUGCCAGCGGGAUUCUGAUCAAGUGCCUGACAGAGGGCGAGAAUAAGGCGGAAAGUCCGGAAUCAUAUCGCAACACUUUUCUUCAAAUGAUUACGGAUCAUUAUAUCAUAAAAAGACCAGAGCUUUUGGUGGGCGACGACCAAGAUGAGAGUGUGCCAAAAUUCGAAAGUAACGAAUGUGACUUCUUCAGGCAUCCCCACAUUGAUCUACAGCUGGUUGCCAAAAUUCGAAAGGGUGAUGCAACACUGGCGGAUGCCAAGGACAACACUAUGGUGUGGAACCUGAACUGCGAUCGUUUCCAUCAGGACUUUCGGGACACCAUCAUGGUAGACGCCAUCGAACGAAAGUUGGGCGAAAAUGCUGCUGAGUGCUUUCGAUUCAUUCUAAAAAUUAUGUACAAUACAACUGAUCCAUGGCAGAGAAAACUUUCCAACCAAAUAACUUUUGUGGAAAUUAAACAGGCGAUCGAAAGAAAAUCAAACAACCUGGAUCUUAUGAAGUACUUGGACCAGUACAUAAGUUUGUUGACUGACGACUCACUGGGAUUUUUCCGGAGAGUUGGCGACAUGGGUGGCGGAGUGUACGUUGUGGAUAUGGAACAUGCCUUUGAGUCGCUUGCCUUUGUUUGUGUCGAGUCUGUGAUAACGGAGCGCUUUGGCUCAAAGGCAGCCCGCAUUUUUCGAGUCAUUCGAUGCAAGAAAUACAUAGAGCAGGAGGACUUGCAGAAGGAGGCUAUGAUCCCCUCUAAAGAGGCAAAAUCGCUAGCCUAUAAUUUGUUCCAAGAACAGUUUAUACAUGUGAAGAUAAUUAAGAAGCCUGGCGGAGGCAGCAAUGGUCCCGCAAAGGCGUUUUACCUCUUCCAGGUCAAGGAAAAGGAUACGGUCAGAAUGUUGCUGGAUGCCAGCUACAAGUCCCUUUAUAACACCAUCGAGCGAUCCAACUUUGAGAAAAAUGAGCACAAGGGGCUCAUUGAAAAAUCCCAAAGGCUGGACAGUAUAGUUGAAACCAUGAAGGAACGCGGCGAAACCGAUGAAUAUAUCGCCGAGAUUGUGGAAACUUUUACGCCACCCGAGUGUGAGAUACUUAACAAAGUAAAAAAUCGGAUAAAGACCUUAUCGAAGGCUGAGCUGACCCUGGAUGAUACUAUCUUCCUUUUGCAAAUGUAUCAGCAUCAUUGCACAUCGCUGCCAACGGGUAUUCGGAAAUUUAAAUAAAAGUUAUUUUUAGGGCAAA